CAGUCUCGUGACAACCUACGCUUACGGGUGAGUUUUCCCCCAUCAUCGGGGACGGCGAGGUGGCCAUGCGGGCCAUCGAGGCGAUGCUGCUGACGGCGUCUACGAGACUCUUCGGGUCGAGCCGCCGGCAGAACGGGCGGGCGAAGAGGGAUACGGUGAUGGCGAGCCACGACGCGGCGUUCGAGGAGCGGGCGGAGGAGUUUGCGGGGGCGGCGCUGCUGCUCCACGUCGUCUGGUCGAACGAGCCCGACACGGAGUCGACCUCCCACAUCAUCCCGAACAAGCAGUGCACCGGGAAGGACUUCGUGGUGCCGGUGGCGCACCUCCUGUUCGUCGAGCUCUUCUUGCGCUACGACUCCUUCGAGAGCUCCACUAAGUCAGUGGUGAACAGAGUCUGGUUUGAUGAGGACACCGACAAAGGUAUGAAACUGACCAACUUAAUAAAGUCUCCUUUCCCUCACUAA